UGCCGUUGAACUGUAUAUAUGUCUAUGCUGCAGACACACCGGUAUUUGUCAGCAGUGGAUUAUGACUAGAAGUUGAUAUACUUAAAACAUAGAAACACGCUACUUCACCUUGCUUUUACAUCCAUCUAAAGCAUCAUUGCUUUCUAUUUGUGUUAGUCCGACUUUAGACAACGUUAUAGCUAGAAUACAGCUCUAUCGCUGAAGAUGUCAGUGGUCGGAUUCGACUUGGGCUUUCAAAGCUGCUAUGUAGCUGUAGCCCGAGCCGGUGGGAUUGAGACAGUCGCCAAUGAAUACAGCGACAGAUGCACGCCCUCAGUAAUAUCCUUUGGACCACGAAAUCGGUCUAUAGGAGCAGCUGCGAAGAGCCAGGUGGUGACCAACUGUCGGAACACAGUGCAGGCCUUCAAGCGAUUUCACAGCAGAGCGUUUUCAGACCCGUAUGUCCAGUCAGCCAAGUCCAACUUGGUGUACGACCUGGCCGAGAUGCCAUCUGGAGCCACCGGUAUUAAAGUCAUGUACAUGGAGGAGGAGAGAGUGUUCAGCAUCGAGCAGGUCACAGGCAUGCUGCUCAGCAAACUAAAGGAGACUGCUGAAAGCGCACUAAAGAAACCAGUGGCAGACUGUGUCAUCUCGGUCCCGAGCUAUUUCACCGACUCAGAUAGGAGGUCUGUCAUGGAUGCUGCUCAGAUCGCGGGCCUCAACUGUCUGCGAUUAAUGAAUGAGACCACUGCAGUGAGUCUGGCAUAUGGCAUCUACAAGCAGGACCUGCCAGCGCCAGAAGAGAAGCCCAGGAAUGUGGUGUUUGUGGACGUCGGCCACUCGGGUUACCAGGUGUCCGUUUGUGCAUUCAACAAGGGAAAGCUCAAGAUUCUCGCCACAGCGUUUGACGCGGAGCUCGGAGGGAAGGCUUUGGAUGAAAUCCUGGUCAACCACUUCUGCGAGGAGUUCGGGAAAAAGUACAAGCUGGACGUGAAGUCCAAGCCCCGGGCGCUGGUCCGGCUGCACCAGGAGUGUGAGAAACUCAAGAAGCUGAUGAGCGCCAACUCCUCCGACCUGCCUCUCAACAUCGAGUGCUUCAUGAAUGACAUCGACGUCUCCGGUAAACUCAACAGGGGUCAAUUUGAGGAGAUGUGUGCAGGGCAUCUGGCCAAAGUGGAGGGUCCCCUGCGCAGCGUCAUGGAACAAGCCAAGCUGAAAAAGGAAGAUAUUUAUGCCGUGGAGAUCGUGGGCGGCGCCUCCAGAAUCCCAUCCAUCAAGGAGCGGAUCAGCAGGUUCUUCGGCAAAGAGUUGAGCACCACGCUGAACGCCGACGAGGCCGUGGCCAGAGGCUGCGCGCUGCAGUGUGCUAUCUUGUCACCAGCGUUCAAAGUCAGAGAGUUCUCCAUCACAGAUGUUGUUCCCUACUCCAUCUCUCUAAAAUGGAAUUCGGCAGCUGAGGAGGGACUGAGUGAUUGUGAGGUCUUCCAAAAGAACCACGCAGCUCCCUUCUCCAAGGUACUGACCUUCUUCCGGAAGGAGCCCUUCACCCUUGAAGGUUACUACAGCAACCCUAAGGAGCUGCCCUACCCCAACAGCCAUAUAGGCCAGUUCCUGAUCCACAACGUGGUUCCUCAGGCGUCUGGGGAGAGUUCCAAAGUCAAGGUGAAGGUCCGGGUCAACGUUCACGGCAUGUUCAGCGUUUCGAGCGCCUCGCUCAUAGAGGUCCUGAAAACAGCUGAGGGAGAAGAGCAGUCAGAGACGGACCAGCCGGCCAAAGAGGAGGAGAACAAAAUGCACGUGGACCAAGAGGAUCCGAAGCUCCAGACUGGAGACAACGGAGACCCCAAAUCAGAGGUGGAGGAGAUGGAGACAACUGAAGAUGCCAAGCAGGCAAAGAAAAACGACCAGCCCCCUCAAGCAAAGAAGCCCAAAGUGAAAACGAAGACCGUGGAGCUGCCCGUCGAGCACAAACUGCUCGGGCAGCUGUCGGAUGACGUACUAAAUAUGUCUGUGGAGAAUGAGGGGCAGAUGAUCAUGCAGGAUAAACUCGAGAAGGAGAGGAACGACGCCAAGAACAACGUAGAGGAGUACGUGUACGACAUGAGGGACAAACUGCACGGGGUCUUGGAAAAGUUUGUGAAUGAGGCGCAUCGAGACGCGUUCUCCUUAAAGCUGGAGGACACAGAGACCUGGCUAUACGAAGACGGAGAGGACCAACAGAAACAAGUUUACAUCGACAAACUGGCUGAGCUGAAGGAAAUGGGCCAGCCAAUUUUUGAGAGAUACAUUGAAGCUGAGGAGAGACCUAAAGCGUUUCAGGAGCUUGGCAGAUUGAUCCAGAUGUACAUGAAGAUCAUUGACGCCUACAAGGCAAAGGAUGAGCUGUACGAUCACAUGGAUGAGCUGGAAGUGACCAGCGUGGAAAAGCAGGUGAAGGCUGCCAUGAUCUGGAUGAACGGCAAGAUGAACCAGCAGAACAAUCAGGACCUCACUCUGGAACCAGUGGUCAAAGUGGGAGAGAUCCAGGCAAAGAUUAAGGAGCUCUACUCGGCCUGUAACCCUGUGGUGUCCAAACCCAAGCCCAAAGCGGAUCCCCCCGAGGAGGAGAAGACUGAGAACGGGCCGGUGAACGGGCAGGAGGGGGCCGAGAGGACGGAUAGUCCGCCUGGCAACUCGGACAAAGCCACACCCGCGGGCGCGGAGCAAGGGGCGGCGGAGAAGAAGCUCCCCGACAUGGACAUCGACUAACGGUUUCCCCCCCCCCCCCCCCCCCCUCCAACCUGACCGGUGUUCCUCAAAAACCCAAACGACGGCAUCCCUAAUAAAUACUGUACGACAGCCGGCGUCAUCGGCACGUCAUCCCCCCAUUCCCCCAUUUUUUUUUUCUUCGAAUUCAAAAAUAUUGCAUAACAUUGAUAAUGAAUAGACUACUUUAUGACAUUAAGGUUGUCAGUGUCUGGCGGAAAAACGCUUCCUCCGCGUUGCUCUGACGGCCAUCGUGCUAAAGAUUGUUUAGUUCAGCGUCUCCUGAGCAUAUUUAAGAUAAGAAUGUCGGCUUUGAAGAAUUGUAAGCAAAGAGGCAGAAGAAAAGAAGUAAUACACACCGGAUUUAUGACUGUGUAAAAUAUUUCAGUGUGUCUAUUUACGAUAUGGGUAUAGAGGGGUAUGUUAAUGAGCAUCUACUGUUCCAAGUUGUACAUGACUUAAAAUAAUUGUAACUGCUGGAUUGUGUUUAUAUUUAGUUUAAAGUUAAAGGAAGGAGUUAUUGAGUUUACUUGUAUUGUAUGUUCCAACUAGAUACCAUAAGUUACUGUCAUGCAGUAUUUCUUGUUUGGCUUUUCUCAUUCAAAAGCAGUGGUUGGUUGUUUGGUUCUCUAGACUUGUACUGUUUGUUUUUUUCUACUUAACAGUUUGAGCUGUGGUCCAACUAUUGACCUUCUAAAAAAUAAAUCUUGAACAAAAUA